UCACAGAUAGCCGCACGCCGCGAUAUCAACACGGACCUCCGCAGUCUCCACGUUUUCUAGUCUUUUCCUGUUUCUCUGUAGACUGUUGGAUACAUCAAACUUUGACAAAGGAUACUGACACAUAAUUAAAAAUUCAGUGAGGAUCCGGAGAAACAUUAGGGAACAUCGGGGAACGAUUUUGUCUUUUUUGGUCUGUCCCUGAGGAUUUUUACGGAUUUUUUGUCAGUGUCAACUGGAAUUUCUUGUAUGUUUUGAGAGCUGAAACUGUACACGGGAUUUCUUUAGAAGUUUGGGUUGGCAUCCUUUCUAGGCUUGGGAGUUUCAUGUGGCACUUGUAGAGGGACCAACGGAGCCAACACACACACACACACACACACACACACACACACACACACAGACGUACAAGAAGAACUUCCCACUGGAAAAGGACAGCGCUAUCGCAAACCGCUCAGAAUGUAUCCGAGGUGCUUGCUCUUUUUCCUGAACAUCUCACUUUUAGCGCAUGUGUUGAUGGCUUAUGAAUGCACGCCAUGUGAUCUCCGGACAUGCCCGUUCAAAGCACCGCGUGCCUGCGAGAGCGGUCGGACUCUGGCCAAAGAUCCGUGCGGAUGCUGCGAUCAGUGUACCCGGCUGGAAUGGGAACUCUGUGGUGGUCAAGACUGGGCACUGGGUUAUUGUGCUUUGGGACUGACCUGCGCCUAUGUCAACCAGACAGGGCUUGUAAAUGCCCGCAAUCCUGAUGCCGAAGUUGGAGUUUGUAAAGCUUUGCCGGAGUUCCCUGAUGCAGGCCUGGAGGAUGAGCACUGUCCGUUGGUCAGUGGCUGUGACCGGACAGGAGGGAAGUGCGUCUGUGACUCCCGACACUCGUGCCUGACCUCCUUUACCUACCCCGACAAAGAGGCUUGUGCCCGGGCCACCAAGUCAGAGGGGAGACGGCAUGACCGUGAGCACCGUGAAAGGCACAGGGAGAAGUUUGUGGGACUGACCAACCCAGCCUGCUCCUUCUCUGGCUGCAACCUGACAGCCGACGGCUGCGCCUGCCAGUCCCAGAGCUGCCACGACCACUUCACCUACUCUGACCGCAGCCAGUGCCAGCAGGCCGCAGAGGAGCUGAAGUGUGUAGGCAUCACGUGUCCACCCCUGGCCACGCCUGAUUGCCCUGGGGACUCGGUGCUGACGCUGGGCUACAUGCCACCAGCCGCCUGCUGCCCCUCCCUUCCCCCCCGAUGCACCUGUGGCACGUGCCCUCCGCCCCCCCUCUGCCCUGCUGGCCAGAAGGGUGUACCCCUCCACCAGGCCACCGGUGCACCCGGCGACUGUUGCCACGACUACGAGUGCCAGAGAGUCUCACCUAAAUGUUCUCACAAUGGCAAGGAGUUCUCGGAGGGCGAGGUGUACCGCAUGGAUGCCUGCUGGCUGUGCCAGUGCCGUGGCGGCAUCUCCUUCUGCUCCAAGGCCGAGUGCGCCAAGCUCGACUGUGACAACUUCUACAUCCCCGAGGGAGAGUGCUGCCCUGUGUGCAUAGAUGUCGAGCUGUUGUCUCGUGACAGUACCAAGGCGAGCUGCUGGGUGAACCAUAAGCUGCGUCAGCAUGAGGAGCAGUGGAAGGAGGACGACUGCACCUUCUGCCAGUGUGUGGAUGGGGACCCACACUGCACUGCCAUGGCCUGCAAGCAGAGCUGCCAGAACCCAGUCAAAAUACCAGGAGAGUGCUGCCCCUUUUGUGAAGAGCCUUCAUAUGAAACUGUGAGUCCGCUCUUGUGUCCACCAUUGGAGAACUGUACCCUCUCUGGCAUGGAUUGUCCCUAUGGUUUCCAGCAAGACAGCAACGGAUGCCUACUGUGCCAGUGUCUCAGCAAUGACUCCUGUCCAGACUUGGCCAACUACUGCUCGCUGGAUUGUCCCAUGGGAUACGAGAAGGAUGACUUUGGUUGUGAGGUGUGCGAGUGUAACCCCCCUGUGCCCAGGUGUCGCCCUCUCACCUGCAGCAAGACCUGCCCUUAUGGAUAUGUAAGGAACAAGCAUGGAUGUGAGAUGUGUCGCUGUGUCAAGUGUCCCCCCUUCACCUGUGAUAAGCACUGCAGUGAUGGCUACCAGCAAAACAGAAAGGGCUGCAGUGUGUGUCUGUGCAAAGAGAGUGCCCGUGCACCCACCACCUCCACCACCACCACCUCCUCCUCCGCAGUGCUGCCCCUACCCAGCUACUGCCUCACGGCCAACGGCAGACGCUACGAGGAGGCCGAGAGCUGGCACGACGGAUGCCGUGAUUGCUACUGCCACGCUGGCCGGGAGAUGUGCGUCCUCAUCUCCUGCCCCGCUCCCGCCUGCUCCAGUCCAGUGGUCCGGCCCAACCAGUGCUGCCCCAGCUGUGAAGAUGAGUCCGGUAGCGGGCAGCCAGAGGGCAUGGACCUGGUGGUGUGCCGAGCCCCUGGAGGGGAACUCUACGUGGAGGGGGAGACGUGGAACCUGGACGAGUGCACACACUGCACCUGCAGGAAGGGCCGGGUGCUGUGUGACACAGAAGUCUGUCCCCCUGCCCUGUGCCAGUCACCUACCAGGAACAAAGACACCUGCUGCCACGUCUGCCCAGAAGACAAGCUCAAGCCCCUCCUCCCAGUCAACGGCAGCCAACAGGAGUACUGCAUCUCCAGCGAUGGAGACGUGCUAUUGGCCGGCGACUCAUGGAAGGCCAACGCCUGCACCAGCUGCACCUGCAGGAAUGGCAGCAUCCAGUGCUUCUCCCAGCGGUGCCCGCCUGCCAAUUGCCGGGUGCCUGUCCUCCGCAAGGGACAAUGCUGCCCACACUGUCUGGAGGCUACAACCACUUCGGUGCCAAUUCUUCUCUCCACCACGACAACCACACCUCAGACAUCCAUCACCUCCACCACGCAAAGCAGUGUGGCAUGGAUCACCACGGCAACGGUGCCACCUAUUAUUGCAUCAACAGACGGUAAGGGCUUGAGUGAAGGCUCCCCGACUCAGACCGAGAUGGCCCUGAUCUACCAAUCAGCGGCGUGGAUCUUGGCUGGCCUCCUCUUUGCCAUUGUCAUUUUCCUGGUCGUGGCGCUCCUCAUCAACAAAAAGAAGAAGUGGGUGCAGAUGUCCUGCUACAGCGCCCCCAAAAAGACAGUGAUUCUUAAGAAGCAUGUGAACAAGAACUCAGUGGUCUACAUGGAACCGUCCAAGGAGAACAAGUUCCAGAGCGUGAAGAACGACUGCGGCAUCAACUUCUCCUCAGACAUGGGAUCUCCUUGUGUGGACAGAGGGAUGAGCAUCCCUCGAGCCAAACUCUGCAACGGACACGGGAAGGUCCAGCGCUAGGGCGAAAACAAACUAAACACACACAUCACACUUACCUGCACACACCCAUACACACUACACAAUCCCCACAUACACAUUGCCACAGUGAGUGGCAAUACAUGACUGAACAAUGUGUUUUCACUUGGUCACAGACACAUUCACAAACAAACACAGACAAACACACACACACACACACACACACACACACACAACCAGAGGUGUCUCAACAAGAAACACUAAUAGAUCUCUGUUUGGAUUCGUUCUCUUUUCACUGGAGACAAGGAGAGCAUUUUGCAACAUGUGACGAUGCCUAUGACUACCGUGUUACCUUUCCCCCAUUUGGAGCUUUAACCUGCAUCACAGAUACAUGGAAGAAACAUGGCGGAGCAGUGCUCUGCAACAUGUACAUGCCAAGGGUGCCGUCACACACUAUGCCGUGUCUACAUCUGAGAAAGAAAAACUUGAGGCAAAUUGUUUAAUGAGCCACAUAGAGGGCUUUGACUGAACACCAUGGACUUCUGAGCGACAACAUUAUGAAUCAAUCCAAAACCAUGUUGUCUUGUGGGAGAAGGAAAAGCUUUAGGACAGGUGUUGGAUUCUGACAGGGCUUAGAGAUCUGCUUGUGGCUCGUGAGGCUGUGUGCCCCUACUGGAAUUGGACAUCACACACCAGCUAACCGGCUAAUGCACUACGCAGCAUAGCAGACUGAAGGACGUAAUAGAUGACCAACAUUCCUAAAGGUUCAAUCACAGAAGACCCUGAAAAGCCCUCAAGAAUGGAUUCCUUAAAUAACCUCACUUCUCUUAGGAGUGGAGUCCAACUUACCAUUUUUAUAUACAUAUAUCUCCACUUGUAUUAUUCAAACAUAUUAUUUUUAGUCACGUUUAUGCCUUUGUUUUGGCUAUCUCCUUAGCGGUGAUAUAAAACAACUGAAACUCUAGACUAAACAUCCCUAUGAGUAAGUUUUAUGAGGUAAUCUGCCUCAUUGAAAAACCAAAGCCUGGCUUCUUUGAGGGGGGGGGGGGGGGGGGUUUGAGAUGAAGUGUUUAGGAAAUUAGGAUUCUGGGCUGGAAAAGUUCAACCUGGAUUCGUAUCUGCUCUCUGAGAGCAAAUGUAUUGGCAUCUGAGCAGAGGGGAAGCAUUGAGUGUCACUCAUCUGCCAGUUCUACUGUGCCAUAUCAAUCACACUGAUAAAAGCUUGGGGUUGUAGUUUAUAAUAUAUCUUUUCCCAAACCCUAAGACUAACACAACUGUCAUCUAUGUGUCAUUGCCGAUGCCACAUACUGUUCUCUUGAUUAUUUCUGAGUGUUAAAGUUAUCAGAAUAAUUAUUAUACUGUGAGACUACAGGCAUGUAAUACAGGCUGUUAUUGUUUUGAACUUGAAAGCGGGACCAUAGGACUCGUUAUGACUUCCAGUGAAUGCAUGACUGUUACAUCACUAAACUUCAACUAUCCAAAUGAAUAAUAACAAAAUAUGGCAUCUGCCAUGGCAUGACAAUGAAAUGGUUACAUCAGUCUUAUGGCAGAGGGCUCAUGUGAAUUCUCUAACUUGGAUGCCCAUACUGUGUACACAGAGCAAAUAUACAGACUUGGACUGCAAACAUUGAGUCUUUCAUAGUCUUUCAAAACUGGUUCUGAUCAAGCAUCAAACUACACUAAAUGUGCCAAGUGAUACAAUGUUGUAAUGUUUGGUGGUGUUGGCUUGCCAUUAGUCCGUUUUCAAUUCAUGCAUGAAGGUCGCACAGCCCUCUGUUUUCACAAGGUGUAUAUGAGAGGUUGCAAGUCCUAAUUGCAUAAUUUGUAGACGUUUUAAACAAUGAACUUGACUACAGAUCAGAUGCUUCAAUUAAAAGGUGCAAAAGAUUGGGCCUGUGAGAGGAAAGAAAGCCCCCGUGGUCAUCUCUCGUAAGAAGAUGACAAACCACUCCAACAAUCAAACUGUUCCACAGCAGCCGGGCUUGGUUGAAGUCAAAGAAGCCCAAAGAAAGCCUCCCCACAGCCCCAGUCUCUCGCACUAUUACACAACCACCUCUGUUAAGAAUAGUAAAGUUCUGGAACUCAUUUGUUGGUUGCGUCACCGGUGUCUCAGUAGAAAGUGUGUAUCGAUGCCAAAAUAAAGGAGGGGGAUGUAUAUGCUAGAUAUACAUAACACUCAGUCAAAUGGAGCUGAAAAACGUGCAGUUUGUGCCUGUGUGUGUGUCUCACACAAACUCAGCGUAGUCUCAGUUCAAUGACAGUCUUUUUUGAGAAGUGAAGAGGGAAUCUGUAUAACCUUCUGCAGUUUGUACUUCCUACAUGUAAAAAAGAUAGAUAAACAAAGUAGAUGAGAGGAUAUCUUAUUUAUUUUUUUCACAUAGCUUUAUUUAUUAAUACUAAACUAUAGUUUGAAUUAAAAGUAAAAAAGGUGUUCUGUUUUGUAUUUGGCAAAGGAUUUUGGUAGCCAAAGCUGCUGUACAUUUUAGAUACCGUAAACCAGUUCCCCAUCUUCCUCUGCUUUGAUAUUCCAGCUUAUUUAUUUACUUUUCUUGGCAAACUGUAAAUACCUAUUUCUUAGAUGUUGAACUGUAACAUUUACACUUAUUUUGGAAAAAUAAAGAUGC